GUAUUUGCCGACAACAUGGCAGCGCCCUUAAACAUACACCUGGAGUUUGGGGGGGGGGCAGAGCUGCUUUUUAAAGGUGUGAAGGAACAUCAUGUGACUCUCCCGACCCAAUCAGAACCUUGGGACGUGAAGCAGCUGCUGGUGUGGAUCCAACGGAACCUGCUGAAGGAACGACCUGAGCUCUUUGUCCAAGGCGACUCUGUGAGACCAGGGAUUCUGGUGCUUAUCAAUGAUGCAGACUGGGAGCUAAUGGGGGAGCUGGAUUACCAACUACAAGACCAAGACAAUAUUGUGUUUAUUUCCACUCUUCAUGGAGGAUAGAGAAUGAAUGCAGCAUUUGGAUACAUCCCUUACAUUUCUGUAACAUAGACUCAGCCCUUCUUUACAUCCUUUUCACCAGUUUGCUAACAUCCCUACCAAACAUCCCCCCAUUGGACACUGCAUCUGUCAGCCUGCACUGUGAUGUCUGAGGUGAUUGAUGUUUGUCUGCAGGAAUGAACCGAAAUUCAGAGGUGGUUACCAGGAAUAAAAUGAAAGCUCCGAAACAGAAAUUCUGUGUAAGUUAAAAAAAAAAAAAAAGUCCAAAAUUUUCUUGACCAAACAGGACUUUGUAAGUGGUGGUCACAUAUUUAUAUACACUGCACAAUGGUCAAUAUGCAGGUGUAAAUGAAUGCUGUUAACUGUUCCUGCACAGAAUGAAAAUAUGACCUUAAAAUGAAAGUGGGUCCAGAUUACUACUGGAAUCUUACAUUGUUCACACUGUGCUUUUCUUUUACUUUUAAUAUAAUUGCA